UGAAGAUCGAAUGAGUAAUUUAGGACCAGCAGCUUACUUGUCUCAGGUAGAGGAAUUACCAAUAACAACAAAUGAAGAACCGACGGAAACACUAGAAGAAAAGAUAAAGAAUAUAGAAGUUGCGGAAGAAUUAGCCAAAGAACGAGUAGAACAAGCAAAGGAAUUGCUGUUAAGGGAAAGUGAUGUCUUGGCGCAGUUACCAGCGAAUAUGACGAACAAAGAUAAACAACGAUUGAUCGAAAAAAGUAAGCAAUAUGUAUUCAAGGACGGAAUUAUGUACAUAAGGGAUCAAAAGGUGAAGGAACGUCUUCUAUAUGUGAUACAAUGGCACGAAGUGGAGUUGAUAUUGUUUCUCAUGUACACACAUCCACUAGGCGGUCAUCUCGGUAAAGAGGCAAUGAUUA